AUGUGCCUCUGUGGCUGGCUGUGGCUGCUCUGCUGCCUCCAUAUCCCUGGGUAUGUCUGGGGUCAGUCUGGAGGUGGAGGGGGGGCCUGUCGGCUGAUGGCUAACCCCAUCUCAGGCAGUGUUUAUCGGGCAGGAGAUGUGAUCAUUGGGGGCUUGUUCCCCAUCCAUGUGGAAGCCCCUCUACCAGAGCAGGAGUUCAGGAGUAUUGCAGGAAAUGUGACAUGUACAAUUUUCAACCAGCGUGCUUACCGCUGGCUCCAGACUAUGAUCUUUGCGGUGGAGGAGAUUAACCGUGACCCAGUCCUCCUUCCUAACCUCACCCUGGGGUUCCUGGCUGCUGACACAUGCCUGGCAGAGGGUACAACUCUGUGGGCAGCUCUAGCCAUGGUGACCGGCCAGGAGGCCUCUGUGGCGGACACAGAGUGUGGAGCAACCCCUGAGGUGCCCGUCAUCAUCGGUGAUGCCCGCUCCUCAGCCUCCAUCGUGGUGGCACAGACCCUCGGGCCGUUUGAUUUACCCAUGGUGAGUUAUUUUGCCUCCUGUGCGUGUUUGAGUGACAACUGGAGGUACCCGUCGUUCUUCCGUACGAUACCCAGCGAUGCUUUCCAGGCUCGGGGCAUGGUCAGGCUGCUGCAUCAGCUGGGCUGGGAGUGGGUGGGGCUGGUGUCAGGGGAUGAUGACUAUGGGAAGUUUGGGGUUCAGAUGCUUCUCCGAGAUCUUCAGGGAUCUGGGGUUUGUGUCGCCUACGCAGAGGUCAUCCCCAAGGUACUAUCUCAGAGACGGAUGAAGCACAUCGUGGACACCAUCAGAGGAUCUACUGCCAGAGUGGUGGUGACAUUUGCCAUCGCUCAGGAUGCACGGGCCCUGAUGGAAGAGGUUGUCCGUCAGAACAUAACAGACAGGCAGUGGAUCGCCUCGGAGGCCUGGGUCACCUACUCUACUCUCUCUUCCCCAAAAAACCUGCCCUCUCUUGCCGGGACUAUUGGAUUUGCCCUGAAGAAAGCUGUCAUUCCCAGCCUGGGCCCUUUCCUAACACGCCUGCGGCCUGAUGGGGACUACCAGAAAUCCGACCCCUUCCUGAGGGAAUUGUGGGAGGAGAUUUUUGGGUGUUCUCUGGGGAUUAACCUCAGCAUGACCCCGUCGUCCCGGCGACAGUGUACUGGUUCAGAGGUCAUAGGUGAGGGGGAGAGCCAGUAUGCUGACGUGUCUCAGCUGAGAGCCAGCUAUAAUGUGUACAAGGCUGUGUACGCCAUCGCCCACGCCAUUCAGGACAUGGUGGCCUGUCGACCAGGGGAGGGACCCUUUAAUAGUGGACAGUGCCCUGAUAUCAGGAAGCUUCAGCCCAGCCAGAUUGUUCAUUAUCUGAGGGGAGUGAACUUCAGUACUCCUGUGGGGGAUUUGUUCCACUUCGACAUGAAUGGUGAUCCGCCUGCCUCUUAUGACAUCAUCAACUGGCAUGUGACCCCCGAAGGGAAGGCAGAGUUUGUCCAGGUCGGCCAUUUUCUGUCUUCAGUGGGAGUGGACGACCAGUUUCACAUCAAUAUGGAGAAUGUGGUGUGGGGAGGGGGCAGCGGAGAUGAGGUCCCUGUGUCUAUAUGCAGUGCUGCCUGUCCCCCUGGUACCAGGCAUGCGGUACAGAAGGGGAAGCCUGUGUGCUGCUUCGACUGUCUGUCCUGCGCUGAAGGAGAGAUCAGCAACACAACAGGGUCAGUUGAGUGUAGCAGGUGUCCGGAGCGGUUCUGGUCCAACCCCGAUCGUACGGCCUGCGUCCCACAGCUGGUGGACUUCCUCUCCUACAGCGACACCAUGGGUGUCAUCCUGUCCAUCAUCUCAGUUUUCGGGGCAACGCUCACAGCUGGUGCACUGGCCACCUUCUUCUACCACCGCCAUACGCCCCUGGUGAAAGCCAACAACUCUGAGCUCAGCUUCCUGCUCCUGCUGUCACUCAAGCUCUGCUUCCUGUGUGCAUUGGUUUUCAUUGGCUGGCCGAAGCCGUGGACUUGCAUGCUGAGACACACCCUGUUUGGUAUAAGCUUUGUGUUCUGCAUCUCCUGUCUGCUCAGCAGGACUGUGGUGGUGCUGGUGGCCUUCAGGGCCACUCUGCCUGGAGAGAACCUGAUGAGAUUCUUCAGCCCCACCCAGCAGAGGAUGGGUAUCUCCAUCUGUACACUCAUCCAGGUGCUGAUCUGUGUGCUGUGGCUGACCCUAGCUCCACCCCGGCCGGCUGAGAGGGGCGGCAGAGAGGGUCGGGGGCCGAGGGUGGUCCUGGAGUGUGAGGUGGGCUCUGUGGCCGGCUUCUCCCUGGUGCUGGGCUACAUAGGCCUGCUGGCCUCCCUCUGUCUCCUCUUAGCCUUCCUGGCCAGGAAACUCCCAGACAACUUCAACGAGGCCAAGUUCAUCACCUUCAGCAUGCUGAUCUUCUGUGCCGUAUGGAUCUCCUUCGUCCCUGCCUACGUCAGCUCUCCUGGGAAGUACACUGUAGCUGUGGAGAUAUUCGCCAUCUUAGCUUCCAGCUUUGGGCUGCUGUUCUGUCUGUUCGCCCCAAAGUGUUUCAUCAUCCUCCUGAGACCAGAGAGAAACACCAAGAAACACAUGAUGUCCAAAUAGAAACCACCAACAAACACAUGAUGUCCAAUUAGAAACCACCAACAAACACAUGAUGUCCAAUUAGAAACCACCAACAAACACAUGAUGUCCAAUUAGAAACCACCAACAAACACAUGAUGUCCAAUUAGAAACCACCAACAAACACAUGAUAUCCAAUUAGAAACCACCAAGAAACACAUGAUAUCCAAUUAGAAACCACCAAGAAACACAUGAUAUCCAAUUAGAAAACACCAAGAAACACAUGAUAUCCAAUUAGAAAACACCAAGAAACACGAGGGACAAAUAGAAAUCAACAAGAAAUACAUGUGGGACAAAUAAAAACCAACAAAAACACGAGGGACAAAUGUGAAAUGACACAUACUCAUAUCGUGAUUUAAGGAUUGUAGAAUGUCCAUUCUGUUUGAAAACAUACAUUUCCUGGUAAACUUUUACCAUAUUACUUUGUUAAUACCAACAGUUGAAGUCGGAAGUUUACAUAGACCUUAGCCAAAUGCAUUUAAACUCAGUUUUCACAAUUCCUGAUAUUUAAUCCUAGUAAAAAUUCCCUUUCUUAGGUCAGUUAGUUAUUUUAAGAAUGUGAAAUGUCAAAAUAAUCGUAGAGAGAAUGAUUUAUUUCAGCUUUUAUUUCUUUCAUCACAUUCCCAGUGGGUCAGAAGUUUCCAUACAUUCAAUUAGUAGUUGGUAGCGUUGCCUUUCAAUUGUUUAACUUGGAUCAAACGUUUCGGGUAGCCUUCCACAAACUUCCCACAAUAAGUUGGGUGAAUUUUGGCCCAUUCCUCUUGACAGAGCUGGUGUAACUGAGUCAGGUUUGUAGGCCUCCUUGAUCACACACACUUUUUCAGUGCUCCCCACAAUGUUCUAUAGGAUUGUGGUCAGGGCUUUGUGAUGGCCACUCCAAUACCUUGACUUUGUUGUCCUUAAGCCAUUUUGCCACAACUUUGGAAGUAUGCAAGUCCAUUUGGAACCAAGCAUUAACUUCCUGACUGAUGUCUUGAGAUGUCACUUCAAUAUAUCCACAUAAUUUUCCUGCAUCAUGAUGCCAUCUAUUUAGUGAAGUGCACCAGUCCCUCCUCCAGCAAAGCACCCCCACAACAUGAUGCUGCCAUCCCCGUGCUUCACGGUUGGGAUGGUGUUCUUCGGCUUGCAAGCCUCCCCCUUGUUCCUCCAAACAUAACAAUGGUCAUUAUGGCCAAACAGUAAUAUUUUUGGUUCAUCAGACCAGAGUACUUUUCUCCAAAAAGUAUGAUCUUUGUCCCCAUGUGCAGUUGCAAACUGUAGUCUGGCUUUUUUAUGGCGGUUUUGGAGCAGUGGCAUCUUAAUUGCUGAGCAGCCAUUCAGGUUAUGUCGAUAUAGGACUCGUUUUACUGUAGAUAUAGAUACUUUUGUACCUGUUUCCUCCAGCAUCUUCACAAGGUCCUUUGCUGUUCUGGGAUUCAUUUGCACUUUUCGCACCAAAGUACGUUCAUCUCUAGGAGACAGAACGCGUCUCCUUCCUGAGCUGUAUGACGGCUGCGUGGUCCCAUGGUGUUAAUACUUUCGUACUAUUGUUUGUCUAGAUGAAUGUGGUACCUUCAGGCGUUUGGAAAUGUAUCCCAUGGAUGAACCAGACUUGUGGAGGUCUACAAUUGUUUUUCUGAGGUCUGGGCUGAUUUCUUUUGAUUUUCCCAUGAUGUCAAGCAAAGAGGCACUGAGUUUGAAGGUAGGCCUUGAAAUACAUCUACAGGUACACCUCCAAUUGACUCAAAUGAUGUCAAUUAGCCUAUCAGAAGCUUCUAAAGCCAUGACAUAAUUUUCUGCAAUUUUCCAAGCUGUUUAAAAGCACAGUAAACUUAGUGUAUGUACACAUCUGACCCACUGGAAUUGUGAUACAGUGAAUUAUAAAUGAAAUAAUCUGUCUGUAAACAAUUGUUGGAAAAUAUUCUUGUGUCAUGCAGAAAGUAGAUGUCCUAACCGACUUGCCAAAACUAUAGUUUGUUAACAUGACAUUUGUGGAGUGCUUGAAAAACAUUGUUGUAAUGACUCCAACCUAAGUGUAUGUAAACU